UUGUGCCAGGCGAUGACAUGAGGAGGGAGGGUCCAGGUGCUGACGGAUGAGCCUGUGUUUGAGGAGAUAAUAAUCUGUGCGCCUCUCGAUUUGUUUUUGGCAGAUAAUGGCUUGGGUGCAGCGAUGCCUUCUGCUGGCGGUGGUGGCAGUGUGUUGGCACAGUGCGGUGCUGGUAGUGAGCCUUCCGACAUCGGAUGGGGUCCAUGAAGGGUCAUUGUUGGAAGCAAACAGAUUGGUAAAGCGCUCACUCCCCGCUGCGGUUCAAGAACUCUCUGUAGGACAACGUUUGGUGAACGUGAUGUCAUCAGGAUUUUCCUCUCUCACAAAGGCCAUCAAUUCUCUCAUGGAUUCCGUUGAUGACCUGGCAGCUGUGGUCAGAAACAACACGAAGACGAUAGCCAGGUUGACAACGUGUAAUAGCGCAGAGUUUCUAUGUGAGAGCGGCGAAUGCAUUAAGCAAGACUCCCUCUGCGACGGACGGAAGGAUUGUCUGGACGCCUCGGAUGAGAAAAACUGCGGAAACUCGUGUGUUAACAAGACCCACUUCAGCUGCGACGAAGACCAGUGCCUUCCCCGCUUGGCACUCUGUGACAUCUUCCAGGACUGUGAUGAUGGCUUUGACGAGAGCGCGGAGGCAGGCUGCAACGGAAAGGCAAAGUGUCGAGAGGACGAAUUCAAGUGCGUGGCAUCAGGCAGGUGCAUCGCCGACGCUUUCAGGUGUGAUCAGGACACGGAUUGUAAGGACGGGAGUGAUGAGCGGAACUGCACACAGGUACAAUGUGGAGCAGGCUUCAUCCACUGCGCUUCAGGGAACGAAUGCUACCGAACCUCUUGGCGAUGCGACGGAGAGAAGGACUGUGCAGACGGCAGCGACGAGAAGGAUUGUGCAGUAGACUGUGCCCUAGAUGAGUUUAGAUGCGAGACGACAGGCAAGUGUAUCAGCGGCUAUCUUGCAUGCGACGGAGAUCGAGACUGCGAGGACGGCAGUGACGAAGCCCGGUGUAAUAAGGAAUUAUGUGUCGCUGGAGACUUCGUGUGUGAUUCCAACGACGAGUGUUACAGUGCGUGGUGGCGCUGUGAUGGAGAUUACGAUUGUGAUGAUAAAAGUGAUGAAGCAAACUGCGAGAAGUUUACCUGCGGCCAAAAUGAAUUCAAGUGCACCUCCUCAGCCAAGUGCGUGUCCUCCUCCGCCCGCUGUGACGGCCAUGACGACUGCGGAAACGGAAGCGACGAGAAAAACUGUGAAGCGGUUAAGUGUGAAGAUGGGAUGUUUCAGUGUGACGAUGGUGAGUGCAUUCGGGCCUCAUGGCGAUGUGACGGCCAGAGUGACUGUUCCGAUGGCAGUGACGAGGAAGCUUGUGAGGUCACUUGCACGGACGAACAAUUUCGGUGUUUUACUAAUAUCACAUGCAUCUGGCGGUCGUGGGUUUGCGACGGCGAUAGAGACUGCACAGAUGGCAGUGAUGAGCAGGGCUGUGACAAAGGAAAGCCUGGAUGUGGCACAGGACAGUUAACAUGCAGGAACGGCCGCUGCGUCAAUUCCAAUUUGGUGUGUGACGGGAACGACGACUGCGGUGACGGCAGUGACGAGGAGAAAUGCCCGGAGCCUGGAUGCGCAGAGGGAGAAUUCACGUGUUCGAACGGCAAAUGCAUCGAAGCCACAGCCAAAUGCAACGGUGCGGACGAGUGCGGGGACAGGAGCGACGAGGAAGACUGUAUAACGGUAAUGGCAGUUUAUUUUCAUUUCAUCGUUGUUCGAAUUUUUGAUUUUGUUAUUAUUUUAGGAAAUGGCCUGUAAAUUGAAGAAGAUUAC